AUGGUGGCGUUAUUGAAAGCAGAAAAUGCAGAUUCCUUCGACGUUUCUGGGAAAUCUUUCGCAACUGGUGUGAUGUUGAGUCGAAAUUUAUGGGCGUACCAAACAGUAGACAUCCAUCGCGAAGUAUACAUCUCUGAGGAGAACCAGCUUUUCCACCGUCAUCGCGGAUCCCGAACUUGUGGUAUUGUUCCCGCAGCACCAGAGGCGGCCGAAAGCUCAUUAUCGGGACGCUGUCAUGCACAGCCCUUGUCACCUCAAGCAUACGGUUGGAUUUUUAAGCAAGCCCUGAUGCGUCAACUUCGAUCCCAUUUUCACCAGCCAUCAACAUACUACCUCUGCCGAGCAUCCAGCUAUCUCGCCUCUCACCACCCAUUUCAGCCAUGUACCAUAUUCACUUAUUACGAUUCCGAAAGUGGUAGAAAAAACAUUGAUAUCGAUUCCGAGUCGGUACGGGUACCGUUAUCGCCGAUCUGCAACGAGCAAUUAUCGGAAGGAAGCUUCACGAUGAGCGGCGAACGACGAUCCGCUCAUCGUACACCCUAG